AUGACUAUAAUCCGCCAAAUAGCCAACCCGAGCCUCAAAGGCCACAAACUACUCGCCAUUACGCCUUGGGACCCCCCGCAAGACUUCCUCAACAAUAUCCAUACUCGGUUCCCAGAUCUCCAAGUCGUAUUCCACCAGGGUGGAUUCGUCUUGCAUGACUGGAACGAAAUCCCAGAAGACUCGAGACGGGAUGUCACCUUGUUAGUCACAGGGGUUUGUUUACCGCCGCUGGAACAAGCUGGUAAUUUGCAAUUUGUCCAGAUAAUAAGCGCAGGAGCAAAUUUGAUUCUGGAUAAACCGGUGUUCAAGAAUACGAACAUCCCAUUUUGUACGGCGAACGGGGUGCAUGGCCCGCAGAUUUCAGAAUGGGUCAUUGGGACAUUUUUGGCGUAUAAGAAGAAGUUACCUCAAUACUUGGAAUUUCAGCGCGAUGCCCAUUGGCAGAGACUCGACGAGCCUGAUGACACUGUGGGACAGCGAGUCGGAAUCUUGGGGUACGGUAGCAUUGGCCGACAAGUAGCCCGCCUCUGCAACGCCAUGGGCAUGGACGUGCAUGCAUAUACUCUUCAUCCCCGAAAUACACCUGAAUCUCGUCGCGAUGACGCAUAUACGCCACCUGGGAUGGGGGAUCCAGAGGGCUUAUUUCCGAGUAAAUGGUUCUCAGGCGGUUCUAAAAAGGAACUUCACGAAUUUCUUGGUUCCGAUUUAGACUUGCUCGUACUGUCAACACCACUUACAAAGAGUACAAUUGGUCUCAUUUCGCAAGAGGAGUUCAAAGUUCUAGGCAAAAAGAAGACAUUUGUGUCGAAUAUCUCAAGAGGACAGGUUAUCAACACCGAUGACUUCAUCGAAGCACUGAAUAACGAAGUCAUUCGUGGCGCGGCCAUCGACGUUACCGACCCUGAGCCUUUACCUGAUGGCCAUGAGCUCUGGAAGGCGAAGAACUUGAUAAUCACACCGCAUGUAAGCGGGGCAACCACCGCAUAUGGGAAGAGAUUGUUUGCCAUUCUUGAAGCAAAUUUGGAGAGAUUCAGUGAAGGGAAGAAAUUAAUGAAUCAAGUCAGCAGGAAAGAUGGAUACUAG